UGCGGAUUACCUUGGGUUCGAUAACGAGGCUGAAAAAUUAUUUUGACAAUAUGUUUUUUUAGUUCGUUGAACGCAAUACUCCUAUGACUUUUCUGUUUUUCAUGUAUGAACAUUAGUUUAAAAUAGUUUUUACUACGAUUUAAUCUUAGUUGAUCACGAAUUACCAGAAAUUGGCGGAAUCCCCCUCAUUACCAGACUUAUGCGUCCUUACUCACUGCCAUUAAUUCAGUGUGGCAAGUAUGAACCUGUGCUGACUGGGUGAGUUGAGGCGCCAACCGCUGUGACGAUGGCGGAUUGUGACCCAGAAACAUUGCUGGAAUGGCUGCAGAUGGGCAGCGGGGAGAUGCGAGAGAUGCAGCACAUCGCCCUCGAGCAACUCUGCAUGCUACUGCUCAUGUCUGACAACGUGGAUCGCGUGUUUGAAAGUUGCCCACCACGGACAUUCUUACCAGCGCUGUGUAGAAUAUUCCUGGACGAGAAUGCCCCUGACAAUGUGCUUGAGGUGACAGCCCGCGCCAUCACCUACUACCUUGAUGUAUCAGCCGAGUGCACUCGUCGGAUUGUGGCUGUUGAGGGGGCUGUGAAGGCACUGUGUAACCGCCUUGUGCUGGUUGACAUGGAGUCCCGGACAAGCAAGGACCUAGCAGAGCAGUGUAUCAAGGUGCUAGAACUAGUAUGCACACGAGAAUCUGGGGCAGUGUUUGAAUCAGGUGGACUGAACUGUGUCUUGCAAUUCAUUUGCGAACAUGGCAGCCAGGUCCACAAAGACACGCUCCACUCAUGCAUGUCCGUCGUCACCCGGCUUUGUGGCAAGAUGGAGCCAAAGGACAGCUCCCAGCAGGAGUGUGUCAGCUCUCUCUCCGCCCUGCUCGAUCACGAGGACCAUUUUGUGAGUGACGGAUCCCUGCGCUGUUUUGCCUCCCUGGCCGACAGAUUCACACGUAGAGGGGAGGACCCAGCACCACUUGCUGCUCACGGCCUAAUAAAUGUUCUCCUACAAAGGCUGUGUCAGGCAGGUGAACCAGGUCGGAACACAUCGGUAUCAAGCACUCCUGGAAAGGUGACAAUUACGCCAGAGGCGAAGUCAAGUCACAGUGUCUCCACCGUUAUCAGCCUGCUGUCCACACUGUGUAGAGGUUCACCUUCAAUCACACACGAUCUACUGCGGUCUGACCUCCCACAUGCUAUAGAGUGUGGCCUCAAAGGGGAUGAAAGAUGUUGCCUUGACACCAUGCGACUCGUUGACCUCCUUCUGGUGCUGCUAUUCGAGGGUCGAGGUGCGCUACCCAAGGCAGGUGCCGCCCCCAGCACUGGCGGACGACUUCCUGGUCUCCGUCGCAUGGACAGUCUCGGGGAACGGUCACACAGACAGCUGAUCGACUGUAUACGCAGCAAAGACACUGACGCGCUCAUUGAUGCCGUUGAUAGCGGGUUUGAAGUGAACUUCAUGGACGAUGUUGGACAAACGCUCCUCAACUGGGCAUCAGCAUUUGGAACUCAGGAAAUGGUGGAGUUUCUGUGUGAGAGAGGAGCUGAUGUGAACCGUGGACUGCGCUCCUCCUCGUUACACUAUGCCGCAUGUUUUGGGCGCCCUCAGAUCGUGAAGACUCUGCUGAGGUUUGGGGCAAACCCAGACCUGCGUGAUGAGGACGGGAAAACCCCUCUAGACAAAGCUCGCGAGAGAAGUGAUGAGGGACAUCGUGACGUUAUACAGAUAUUACAAUCUCCAGGAGAGUGGAUGGUGCCUGUGCCCCGAGAGAACCCCGUGGUGUCUGGAGAGAGGGUGGCACAGGGGGAGGGGCCUAUGGAGGUGGAGGAGGGGGGUAAGGUCCGCGGUGACCCGGAGGUGGCCCCGACCUACGUCUCACGCCUGCUGCCAGUCUUCACCCAUGUGUUCCAGAGCUCCAUGAUACAGUCUAUACGAAAGUCCAGCCUCUCCCUGAUCAAGAAGAUGGUUCACUAUAUGGAAGCUCCGUUGUUGUUGUCGCUGUGUGACCAUGGGGAUGAACCCGUUGGUACAAGUUUCCCAGCCUCGCUGACGGAAGUGCUUACAAAUGUCCUAGAUCACGAGGAUGAUGACGAUGGUCACCUGACCACUCUGCAAAUCAUCGAGGAUGUGAUGAAGAAAGGGGGAGAACUUUUCCUUGAUCACUUUGCUCGUCUUGGACUGUUUGGCAAGGUUCUGUCCCUUGCUGGGCCGGAGAUGGAGGAGGAGACCGGAAUGGGAACAGAAAAGGAGGAGGACAGUGGGCGUACGGAGGAUGCAACAGAGAUUGUCCAGGGCCGCCCGUACCACUGGCGCGACUGGAGCCUGGUCCGGGGGCGUGACUGCCUCUACCUCUGGAGUGACGCGGCCGCCCUUGAGCUCUCCAAUGGAUCUAAUGGCUGGUUCCGCUUUAUCCUGGACAGCAAGCUUGCCACGAUGUACUCAAGUGGCAGUCCUGAAGGUGGAUCUGACAGUUCAGAGAAUCGGGGUGAAUUUCUGGAGAAGCUUCAGCGAGCCCGAAGCCAGAUCAGGCUGGGUACGCCCAGUCAGCCCAUAUUGUCCACCGUGAAUCCGGGCCGUAUUCUCGUGGGCAACUGGGCUAUAUCUUGCCGCAAGGAGGGUGAGCUGCAUGUACAGAACUCCGAUGGACAGCAUCAAGCCACCAUACUAAAAGAGGACCUGGCAGGGUUUGUUUUUGAAUCAAACCGAGGCACGAAGCAUUCCUUCACAGCGGAGACGUCACUUGGGCCGGAGUUUUCCGCCGGCUGGGGUGGGAAGAAGAGCAAGAAGUUCCGCUCUCUUGUGGAUGCCUUGCGGUCUAAGGUGCGGUUGCUGGCCAGAGACCUCUACAACGAGUAUUUCAAGGUCGCCGAGUCCACACCAAGGGGCGUUGUGAACAAGAUGAAGGUCAUAGUUCAACAACUGGAGGCCGCUUGUGCCAAGCAGAUAACUCAAGUCAAGGGUGUUGAUGGCAGUGAGAUGUGGGCUGAGGAAAUGAGACUAGCCCUCAAGAAACUAGCUGGCCUGUUACAAGAUGAACAUACUGUAUCAGCAUUUGAGCUCUACUCCAGUGGACUUGUACAGACUCUACUCAAUGUCCUGACAAACAAUAUAGAGGAGUCCAACACGAAAGGCAGCCAAAAGAGAACUAAGGAGAGAAUAAACAUCUUCAGACUUGUGUUCAAAGAUAGGGAAAAUGAAAUCUCCCCAGCAGUGUGCCUGACACGCAAGCUUGUUGCUGUAUUCGAGUCUAUAGAGAAACUGCCAGUUUAUAGCUAUGAUCUCAAUGGAGCUGGAGGAUAUGGGCUUCAGAUAUUUUCCCGGAAGAUCCGUUUCCAGUUGGAGCGUGCACCAGGGGAGACCAGCCUGAUUGACAGGUCUGGGCGAAACUUAAAAAUGGAGCCUCUUACCACCGUGGCAGCUCUAGAAAAAUACCUUCUCAAAAUGGUGGCAAAACAGUGGCAUGACUUUGAUCGGGGAACGUUCAACUUUGUUCGGGAGCUGAAGGAGGGUCGUCAGAUCACGUUUGGACACCAGCAUGACUUUGACAAGAAUGGACUCCUGUACUGGAUCGGUACUAAUGGAAUGGCUGUGGCUGAGUGGAUCAAUCCGGGCCAGUAUAAUCUUGUGGUGGUCACUGCGUCUGAAGGUCGGAACCUGCCAUAUGGAAAACUAGAGGAUAUCUUGUCACGGGAUUCAGCUGCUCUCAACUGCCACACUAAUGAUGACAGGAAAGCCUGGUUUGCCAUAGAUCUUGGUGUAUGGAUCCUGCCCACAUGCUACACCCUCAGACAUGCGCGUGGAUAUGGCAGGUCUGCCCUGCGCAACUGGCUGUUCCAAGUCUCGAAGGACGGAACAACCUGGACAACCCUGUAUGAGCACAAGAACGACACAAGCCUCAUGGAACCAGGGUCGACUGCCUCAUGGCCGCUAGUGGCCCCGCGAGAGGAGACCCAGGGCUGGCGACAUGUGAGGAUACAGCAGAAUGGGAAGAAUGCUAGCGGACAGACCCACUACCUGUCACUGUCUGGGUUUGAGAUAUAUGGGACACUUACAGGCGUCUGUGAUGAUUUAGGUAAGGCUGCUAAAGAAGCUGAGGCAGUGUUACGUCGUCAACGGCGCCACAUCCGUAGUCACGUGUUGAAGCAGAUGUGCCCAGGAGCCCGUGUCGUGCGCGGGAUGGACUGGAAAUGGCGGGACCAGGACGGCAGCCCACCAGGAGAGGGAACAGUCUCCGGGGAACUUCAUAAUGGCUGGAUAGACAUAACGUGGGACUCUGCGGGCUCCAACUCGUACCGUAUGGGCGCAGAGGGCAAGUUUGACCUCCAGCUGGCUCCCUCACAUGACCCUGAGAGACUCAAGGCUCUGGGGAAGACUGAGCCCACUACAACACCAAUCCCUGGGGUCAAAUCGAACGCCACCCCAUCCAACUCUGGUGAAAAGGCAAAGGUGAGUGUGUUGACAAGCCGGAAAAGCAGUUCUACACCCAGCCUUAAUGAGGUGAAGGACAGCCCCGCGUCUGUAGCUGCUACGGAACAGGCCGCGUCGGCAGACAACCUCACACAGUCAGUCAAAUCUGUUGCCGAGAACCUUGCCGAGAGCAUGAUGAACCUGGCAACCUCCGACAUGGGCUUGCGUAUGCCAUUGGCCUCUGUAGAAGAGCCCGCGGGCGGGGAGGAGGAGGAGUGGGCCCGGGAUGGAGAAGGAGAGAGUGGUAGGGAGGGGCAAACCUUUAACGUGGGGCAGCACCCAUGGGUGACUCCCACUCCAAGGUCAGCUGACCAUAGCAAGGAUGAAGCAUCAGCAAAGGCCAAGACUGUUGAGCAGACAAAUCAAGUAAACGCCAGCAAGACAGAGGCCCCGACGCGGGUGUCUCCCACAAACCCCAUGUCAGUCAGUGUGCCGAACCUUCCCGCCAGCAUGGAGCACUCAACAAUGUCACUGCUUGAGACUUUCGCUGCUGUUGCAAGGAGGAACGCCGGAAACAAUAUGCUACGCAGUAACAACGCUAUCAGUCUGGCGAGACUUCUCCCAUCCACGUGUAAUUCUCCAAGUGACUGGACAGACACAUUGUUGUCGGCGGCCCAGAGUUUCCCAAACUUGACCUCAUCGUUGACAAGCACGUCCAACACACUGACUACCACACAGACAGUCGCCAAUGUUACCUCACUGAGUCAGGCCCUAACACGCAGCCUGACCUCAACAUCCAGCGAGAGUGAUAACGAGUUUCUGGAGGCGUGUGGCCAUCGUCCGUCAGCGCUCCUAGCCGACCUGGAGGACGACGAUGACCUCCCAGAUCCGGAUGAUGAUGAUGAUGAGAACGAGGAUGAGAACGAAGAUGACUUUGAUGAUGUCCUUGCUGUGGAUGAGGAGGUGGAGCUGCGAGGGGAGCGCCGUAAGACCUGGGAUGAUGAGUUUGUACUCAAACGCCAGUUCUCCGCACUUAUUCCAGCCUUCGAUCCCCGGCCUGGCCGCACCAACGUCAACCAGAUAGAGGACAUAGCCAUACCUGAACCAGGUGGUGAUGGCGGUGAGGCAAGCCAGCCGGCCCGGGAGCCUAGUGAUCAGCCAAGAAUAGUCAUCUACCUUCGACCACCGGCAUCUCUGCCUGGGGUUGGUGAGGAGGCCGUAGCUUUGACAGACGACCAUCAGUCAUGUAUAUUCAACUUCAUCCAGCGUUUACUGGUCACCGGCCAGCCUCACACCCGCCCAGACAGGCUCAAACGCAUCUGGGAACCGACAUACACGUUGAUGUAUCGAGAAUUGCGUGAAGGUGAGACAAAGGCAGACCUAGCCAUGCAGGAGUCCACAGGUGGUUUGCAGAUUGUGUCCGAGUGGGAAGCUCCUCGCUCCGCAGAUCCUGCGGCCUGCUCUGUGGAUCAUGUACUCCAGCUUCUACAGAGGCUGUAUGCCCUCACACGAGAUAAUUCCACGCCAAAUAACAGAUAUGUUUUAAACAACGAGGAUGUCAGCUUGAAUAUACACGUGGAGGAAUUUAUCAGUAAGAAGGCCACAAACAAACUCGUUCAACAGACAAAGGAUGCCCUGGUGCUAGCAAGUGGUGCCCUGCCAUCGUGGUGUGAGACCAUGACAAAAUGGUGCCCUAUGCUCUUUUCCUUCGACACACGGCAGCUCUACUUCACCUGUACAGCCUUUGGAACAUCCAGAGCGAUAGUGUGGCUACAGGGUCGUCGUGACCAGCAGAUGGAACGUCAACGCGGUGUCCAGCCUCGACGUGAAGAGACAGGAGAGUACCGGGUCGGACGGCUUAAACAUGAGCGCGUCAAAAUUCCUCGCAACGAGAAACUCCUGGACUGGGCUAUGCAGAUGUUGAAGUUCCAUGCUGGGCGGAAGUCUAUCCUGGAGAUAGAGUUUGUGGGUGAGGAGGGGACAGGGCUGGGCCCCACCCUGGAGUUCUACGCCCUCGUGGCUGCUGAACUUCAGAAGGCCACCAUUGGCAUGUGGAUCUGUGAUGAUGAGUUCCAUGACGACAUGGAACGCGAGGUUGACAUAGGUGAAGGAAAGAAGCCUGUGGGUUACUACAUCCAGCGGUCGGGAGGUCUGUUCCCCGCCCCCUGGCCCCAGGACAGUCCUGACCUGGACCGUGUGGAGCGACUUUUUACCUUCCUCGGCUCUCUGCUUGCCAAGUGUUUCCAGGACAACCGGCUCAUCGACCUCCCACUGUCUGUGCCAUUCCUGAAGCUGAUGUGUAUGGGUGAGGUUGGUCAUAACAUCACCCGGCAGUAUAGCCAGUCCUUGUCCCGACCCCCUGCUGGCUCCCUCACCGAGUCCCAGACGAGUGAGGACUGGGACAACAAGGAGCUGAUCCUGGACCCACCCAAGGCCCGCCCCCAGACCGCCGCCCCCUGGUUUGAGGGCAUUCUGGAGGAGGAGGACCUUGAUUCUAUAGACCCCCACAGGUCAUCAUUCCUGAAGCAGUUGCGCGAGUUAUCAGCAAGGAAGCAGCGAAUCCUACAAGACCGUUCCAUGUCGGAGGAUCGUCGGAAUGUAGCUCUACAGGAGCUGGCCCUGCCCAAUCCCACGAUCCCCUCUGCUGGAGUGUUUCUCGAGGAUCUAGGACUGACAUACCAGUUUAAUCCAUCGUCCAAGAAAUACGGGUUCACAGCCAUUGACUUGAAGCCUGACGGUGAAGAUGAGGAGGUGACGUUAAUGAAUGUGGAAGAAUAUACGGACCUUGUGUACGACUUGUGUCUAAAUUCUGGCAUACGUAGGCAGAUGGACGCAUUUAGAAGUGGCUUUAGCGCAGUGUUCCCUAUGGAGAAGCUCCACUCGUUCUCACCCGCUGAGCUGCGCCGUAUCCUGUGUGGAGAACAGGCCCCAUCCUGGACAAGGGAGGACAUUCUCACUUACACAGAACCCAAGCUGGGAUACACUAAGGACAGCGCAGUGUUCCAGCGCCUGGUUAACGUGAUGGUCGGCCUAGAUGCGGAUGAGAGAAAAUCCUUCCUGCAGUUCACAACGGGUUGUUCCUCCCUGCCUCCCGGCGGGCUUGCUAACCUCCACCCCCACCUCACCGUCGUGAGGAAAGUCGACGGGGACGAUAACAGUUUCCCAUCUGUGAACACUUGUGUGCACUAUCUCAAACUGCCCGAGUACUCUUCAGAGGAGAUUCUAAGAGAAAGGCUGCUGUCUGCAACAAAAGAGAAAGGCUUUCAUCUAAACUGAGUGCUUAAUUGUAGGGGAAAACUAGAUGCUAGUGAUUCGAUGUUGCGACGUGUGGGCGAGAAAACUACACUUGGUUUAAUGAGUGAAACGAUUGCUUUCAUUCAAAAUAAGCAACAAAGUAUGAACAUGCAAUUAUUCUUUUAAUCCCCAUCUCAAGAAUAUAGCAUUAUGGGGGAAACAAUUAUGACAUUUCAGCCCACAGCUGUGAUUUAAGAACAAGAGUACAACGUUAAAGAGUGCUUGGUGUUUUACCUAGUGGUUAGGACAGUUGGAAGUGAACAGACAAAUUCCGUUAAAAUGUUUUAGACAUUGAUGAUUUUUUUUACCAUAUAAUGGUUGCUAGUAGAAGCAAAUAAUAAAUCAGCAGCCGAAACUACUGGUGUGAAAUUGUGGAUACCACUAGAUGCUUUUUUGGGAAUUUCUUAAAGAUGUUGAUGUGCAAUAACGCUAUAUAGUACCUACACUUGGAAUACAUUGUUGUGAAUUUAGGUUCAUAACACUGCUGUGUGUCUGCGUUCAAGACUAAACCGUGAUGUUGGUACUGCAAUUAGAGUUCAGUACAACAAACUGAUUGUUCUUGCUCGAAAGUUAUGUUAGGUAGAUUGUUUGAUAUGUAAAUAAUAGUUUUCAAAUUAAUACUUUUUUCCUUUCUUCGAGUAAACUUGAAUGAUUUCAGUUUUGUUCACCAUUAUUAUUUUGUUUUCAAGAAUAUUUUGGAGUUAGGAAUGAUUUACUCAUAAAUCUUACAGCUAAAGUGAGGUCUACCUAUUUAAAAGUGUAUCUGUUGACAAUAGAGUGAAAAUUCUGUUGGUUAUCAUGUAAAUUUCUGUCAUGAUUUUGAGCUGGUCUGUUUUUCAAAGAAGUUGCGGUAUUGUCUGUGUCAUCAACGAACCUUGGCCAUAAUUCAGAAAAAAAGUUUAAAAUUUUCAAAUGAAACUUAGUACAUGUGUUUCCAGUGACAAUAUAGCAAGGCCCAUAACUCCAGCUAUAUUUUGCCUUAACGUCCUUUAGGAGUGGAUACAGUGCUUUCCAUACAUCUUUAUUAAAAUGUGAUCAUGUGUCUGUUAUAGGAAUAGAAAUAUUACACAAAUUAAAAUCAUGGUAUCAAGAUGACUUGUGCACUGCAAGAUUGUUUGACUUUAUAAUUUUGUUGUGAUUAUGUCCUAGUAGUUUUUUCCUGUAUAAUAUUCCUGGUUUUUGUGCUUGUACUUUUCAAAUGUGAUAUGAAUAAAUUGUUAACUUCCUCA